UUCACAUAACAUGCCAUGGCGCCAGUUAGAAAGAGUUGAUUGGUAAUGUGCACUUCUGACGCACGUGCAUCAUGACUUGUAUGACUUUUUCACGCAAAUUUUCGAACAAGUGUGUAUUUAGAGAAUUUUUAUUGAAUGUUAAAUGGGCAUUAGUGUAACUAUUGUGUGGCUCAUUAUUCGUAUCUCAUGAUUCUCAAUCUAAAUGUGCGUGACAAUUAUUUUAAUAAAAAUAUUGUGGACCACACACAUUCAGUUAUGGGCUGUUCUGCUGGCAAACUGGACAGCAGAAAAAUAAAGGAUUCUCCUAUUAUCCCUGUAAAUGACGUUAAAAUCCAAACAGUUUUAAAAUUGAAUCCUGUGGAUAACAAAUCCCACAGAAGUAGCAGAAGUGCAUCGAAGGAUGGGAAAAGCCGUCGACAUAAAAGAAAUGACUCGAAAAAUAGAAAAAACGGUGAAAAUCGCCAUAAAACUUCAAAAUCGCGAAACGAUAAAACUGUUAAACCGACUUAUGAUUCCAAAAUUGCUGCGAAAUAUAAUAUUAAAGCAGUAAUUGGGAAAGGUACUUACAGUCGAGUUCUGCGAGUUGAGCAUAGAAUCACCAGACAACCCUAUGCUUUAAAAACGAUUGAAGCACCUGGAGGACGAGAAGCUUUUGAAGCUGAACUUUCUAUACUUCGGCGAGUGAAUCACCCAAAUGUGAUUAAACUUAUUGAAGUAUUUGAAUCCGAUCAUAAAGUGUACAUGGUAAUGGAACUUGCUACUGGGGGUAGCUUAUUAGAUCGUCUUGAAACUCGAGGUUAUCUCUCUGAAGAAGAUUCUAGAAAUGUAAUGAGAAUGGUACUUCAAGGAGUGAAAUAUUUACAUGCAUUAGGUAUAACUCAUAGGGAUUUAAAACCAGACAAUUUAUUAUAUUAUCAUCCUGGCAAAGAAUCAAAAAUAAUGAUAACUGAUUUCAGCCUUGCAAGUACACGUAAAGCAUCAGGAAAUCCAUACAUGCACACUGUAUGUGGUACUCCUCAAUAUAUUGCUCCAGAAAUAGUUACUCGUAAACCCUAUACUUGUUCUGUAGAUAUGUGGGCAGUAGGAAUUAUUACUUACAUUGUUUUAUGUGGUAUUUUCCCAUUUGAUGCUGAUCAUGAUGCACAAAUUUUCAAACUCAUCUUGCGAGGCAAAGUUCAUAUGACAGAUUCAAUAUGGUUGGAUGUAUCCGAAGAGUCUAAGUCUUUCAUACUUCAACUUCUGCAGACUGAUCCAAAGAAUCGAUUGACUGCUGAGGAUGCUCUGGAACACGCUUGGCUUACAUCAACACAGUUAACCUACUCAGCUCCUAAAACUAGUGAUCGCCAUAAGAGUGACCAUCGUAGCCAGAGAUCCAGCAGGUCUGUAGGGUCCUCGAAAUCUGGAGGUUCCGUACAAUCUCUUCGCGUCUCCGGGCAUCGGCGAGUACAAGUCCACCAUCUGGAGGCUCUGUCGAAAGAUCCUGAAGUCGCCGCCAUGAUGUGAUUUUUC